AUGGCUCAAAGCAUCGAGCUAAACCCUUUCAUUCUGCAUUUCGAGCCUUUAUUCUUCAACCAGAAAUCGCUGAAUGAUCAAAAUUUCCGGUCGAAGCGUUCGCCAAAGUCUGAGAUCCGAUUACAGUUCACGGCGCACAAUAGAAUAUUCAAGCUGAGAAUGCGGUCAGAAACUUCAUUAUUCUCGUCGGAUGUAGUAUUCGAAUCUUCGAGGCAUGGAAGGUUUGAUUUUCAAGUGAACAAAGUUCUGAAAGGACGGUUGGAUGAUGAUGAUGAUUCAUCCGUGGAAGGCGUCAUAACAUCAACAGGUCUUUUGGACGCAGUUAUAGACACGAGGUCUGAACAGUACUUCAUCGAGCCAUCCUCACGCUACUUUCCGGCCUCACAUCCUCCUUUUCAUUCUGUCAUCUACAGACUAUCUGACGUCCAUUUUCCUCUGGGCAAUGAAUCCCACAAGUCUGCUCCAUCUGUAUAUAGCACAAUCAUAGCCGGUGUACAUAAACGAGGACGCUCCAAGCAUUCUUCCAAGACUGAAGACUCGUCAUCAUCCAACGGACUUCUUUCACGCCAACGCAGAAAAGAUGCGACUUCCAGAUCUUUAUCCUCUAAUUCAAGCGGGAAGAAUCCACUUUAUUGGAGGGACGGUGAUUCUUUACGUUAUAGAGGAUUCGAGCACUACGGAGAUUCCGAAAGAUAUGGCGUACGUUCUAACCAGAGGACUCAUUGGUCUGAGGAUCGCUCGGAUCGUCACGUGGCAAUACAUCCUCAGAAAAGCACUUGUAUGUUAUACUUACAAGCGGAUCAUCUCUUCUACCAAAGGAUGGGCAGUGAAGAAGCUUGCAUAGAUACGAUGACGAGGCAUGUGCAAAAAGUAAAUGGGAUUUAUAGAAAUGCUGAUUUUGAUCAAGACGGACGUCCAGAUAAUGUAUCCUUCUUAAUCAAACGAAUCAAAGUCCAUACGCUCGAAGCUUUAAAGGAUCCGGGUUACAGGUUCCAGGGAAAUUAUGGAGUGGAAAAAUUUCUCGAACUUUUUUCCGAAGAAGAUUACGAUGCCUUUUGCUUAGCCUAUAUGUUUACUUACAGAGAUUUUGAAGGUGGAACUUUAGGAUUAGCAUGGACAGGAGACUUGAGAAAUGCAGGAGGAGUCUGUGAAAAGAAUGGGCAUUACAGAGGUAGUCUGAAGAGCCUAAACACAGGCAUCGUCACUCUUCUAAAUUACGGAAAAUAUGUCCCUCCAGUUGUGUCACAUGUCACGUUAGCUCACGAAAUUGGCCACAAUUUUGGUUCCCCGCAUGACCCUGAAGAUAAUGCAGUUUGUACCCCUGGUGGAGACAAUGGCAACUAUAUAAUGUUUGCCCGAGCAACAUCUGGUGAUAAGAAAAACAACAAUAAGUUUUCACCGUGCAGUUUGCGUAGUAUAAAUGCAGUCCUGAACACUAAAGCAAGAAGUGUGAAAGGCUGUUUUACAGAACUGCAAGAUUCAAUUUGUGGAAACGGUGUCGUGGAGAAAAGUGAACAAUGUGACUGUGGCUGGGAAGAAGACUGCGAGGAGAGUUGCUGUUUUCCCAUGCGCACAAACCCGCCGAGGGACGAACCACCUUGCAAACUGAGACCGAAUGUUAUUUGCAGCCCGAGUCAAGGACCCUGUUGCUCCCAAGAUUGCAGCUUAAAAGUUGGCGAGGAAUGCCGUGCUGACAAUGGAUGCAGAAGUCCAAGCUACUGUGAUGGUAUAGGGCCGCAAUGCCCGCCUUCCACCAACAAGCCAAACAAAACAGUCUGCAAUGAAGAGUUUGUCUGUUACAUGGGAGAAUGCACUGGAUCAAUUUGCGUAGCGUAUGGGUUAGAAUCUUGUCAGUGCCGUCGUACUCUUCAUGAUCCUGCUACUAAAGCAUGUGAGCUUUGCUGCAAGCUGCCGGGCGAUGAUUACAGCUGCAAGUCAUCGUUUGAGUGGAAUUUUGCACCGUAUGAUGUUCCUGAUCUCUUUGCCAAACCUGGAACGCCUUGUGACAAUUACAAUGGCUACUGUGAUGUUUUCCAAAAGUGCAGAGAAAAUUUUCAGGCUGAUCCAUCAGGCCCCUUGGCUACACUUCGCAAACUUCUUUUAUCUAAUGAAAGCAUGGCAUCGGUGAAAAAGUGGAUAUUUCUGCAUUGGUGGGUAGCAGUUUUAUUGGGACUUGGUAUAGCUAUGUGUAUGAGUAUAACACUUCGACUGUUUGGAAAACAAAAUGAAGCUAUUAAAUCGGUGACUGAAAACAGCCAAAUGAACAAAUCGAUCAAUCUUUUGCAUCCCUGUAGAACCCAAACGUUCUUCAAAUCUGGAACACAAGCAUUGAUGACCAAUUCAAGUAUUGCCUUGACUCAAGCAUCUAAUAAUCAGAAGUCUGUAAACAAUUUUGAUAGGACAAGUUUUUCAUCUUUCUCCAAUAAACAUAAAUCAUUGCUAAUGUCACGGAAUGGAUGGGUAUGA